UAUGUCGAAUGAUUUUAUUCAGAUGGAAAAUACAUAAAUUUCCAUAACGACACUGCCCGCAGCCCGUUAUUCACUCAAAUAUCCCGGUUUUCCAGAGCCAAGGCGUGAUGACGUGAGAGUCCUGCACGCGGGAGGGGACUCGCUCGAGUCGACUGUCAUUCGCGGACCAAAGCCCUGACUGGACGUUAUUACCUUUAUUUCAAUAGAUAUCUGUGUAGAGUAGAGCUGUUUUAUCUAUCUUGCGAGAGUUUAAACCUAGAACAUACUUAAUAUAACGUUACCCAGGGUCACGUUUACUUGUAAGAAUUGGAAAGAGUUUUAUUCCCGAGAGAACUCCCGACGCGUUUGGUCUUCCUAAAGUAUUCGAGGACGCAUUUAUAAAGGCUUUUUAGCGCAGCUUUCCGUUCCCUUUUAAAUAGUAUUUCGUUAUUCGACCGGUUUUUAUUCAUUCGCUAGUCGCUUUCUCACGGGAUUUAAACGAUUUAACUUAAACUGUAAACGAAGUCAGCUGAGUCCAGUAAAAAAAAAAUGGGUUUACACCCGUUGGAGUUCAGUGAGUCUUACCUGGACAGUCCUGCCUUCAGGGAGAAAAUCAAAGCUCAUGAAGCUGAGCUGGACAAAACCGGCAGGUUUAUCAAAGAGCUGUAUAAAGAUGGAAAGAAUCUCAUCAAUGCCACAAAACAGCUUUCAUUGGCCCAGAAGAAGUUUGCUCAGUGCCUGGGCGAGUUCAAAUUUGAAUACAUCGGCGAUGCCAAAACUGAUGAUGAGAAGUGCAUUGAUGAAUCAUUGCAAGAAUUCUCCUCCUUUCUUAGAAACUUGGAAGACCAAAGAGAUCUGAUGAUGAGAAACAUCACAGAGACGCUGAUGAAGCCUUUAGAACAGUUUCGGAAAGAGCAGCUCGGCUCAGCAAAGGCAGAGAGAAAGAGGUACGAGAAGGAAACAGAGAAGUACUACAGCUCACUAGAGAAACUUUUGAACAUGUCAGCAAAGAAGAAGGAGCCACAAUUACAGGAGGCAGACAUGUCGGUGGAAGCGAUGAGGCAGCACUUUCAGGAGUCAUCCCUGGAGUAUGUCUGCAAGCUGCAGGAGAUACAGGAGAGGAAGAAGUUUGAGUGUGUCGAGCCUAUGCUGGCAUUCUUUCAGACUGUAUUCACUUUCUAUCAUCAGGGAUAUGAGUUGGCCAAAGACUUUGACCAUUAUAAAAAAGCCCUUCAAAUCAACAUUCAAAAUACACGGAGUCGUUUCGAGGGCACACGCUCUGAGGUGUACGAGUUAUUGAAGAGAAUCAAAGAGUCGCCACAGGAAUACAGACAGACCAGCCCCAUCAGCAGUGAGGGCUAUCUUUACGUACAGGAGAAACGACCUCCUCCUUUCGGAUCCAGCUGGGUGAAACGCUAUUGCACGCUUGUCAAAGAACAGAAAAUUCUACACAUGAAGACGUUUGACCAGAGAUCAGGCGGGAAGCUUGGUGAGACCGAGUCUGUUACAAUCAAGUCUUGUGUCCGCAAAACCACAGACACUCUUGACAGGAGGUUCUGCCUAGACAUAGAGAUCACAGAUCGACCGAUCACUGUACUGACGGUCCAGGCACUCUCAGAAGAUGACCACAGAUUCUGGAUGCAUGCGAUGGGAGGAAAGGAACUGAUGCAGUAUCUCAACCGGACACAUUCACGAGAAAGAGGAAUUGAUGCCCAGUUGGAUGACGUGGGAAUAAGCUUCGUGAAAAAUUCAAUAAAUGCCAUUGAAACAAGAGGUAUUAAUGAUCAAGGUCUGUACAGAGUUGUCGGGGUCAGUUCAAAAGUACAGAAGCUUCUCAGUUUAAUGAUUGAUGAGAAGAGCUGUGAAAUAGAUUUAGCAACCAGUGAGGACUGGGAUGUCAAAACCAUCACCAGUGCUUUAAAACUCUACCUGAGGAGUCUUCCAGAGCCACUAAUGACAUACGAGCUGUAUAAAGAGUUCAUCGUCCCUGCAAAGAGCGCUACUCCAGAAUCUAGAGUUCAGGCCAUUCACUGCCUGGUUCAUAAACUGCCAGAGAGGAACAGAUUAGUGCUCAGUCUGGUUACCAAGCAUCUUGCCAAUGUUGCUGCCAACAGCAAACAAAACCUGAUGACAGUGGCGAACCUGGGCGUAGUGUUUGGCCCCACGCUUAUGAGACCACAGGAAGAAACAGUGGCAGCCAUUAUGGACCUUAAGUUCCAGAACAUUGUGGUGGAGAUUCUCAUAGAACAGCAUGAAAAGAUAUUCGGGGAUGCUCCGAGCAGCUCUCCAUCCUUAGCCCCUACACCCCUCUCUGCACCAACCAGACAGUCCAAGAGGCUCAGUCGGCAGAAUCGCCCGCUGGCUGUAUACAACCCGCAGGUGCUGGAUGUUCAAACAGUCUCUCCUUCCUCUGAGAGUCCAGCCCUGGUUAACGAUGAGACAUCAGUGAGCAGUAAUGAGUCGGUCUCCUCCCAGUCUUCGAACGCCUCUGGAACGCCCCCCGAGAAAUCUAAGAAUCAUCACGCCACCAUUAGCACAUCCCUGCCAGAGAGCACCGGGAUAUGUACUGCCACAGCUUCAUGGAUGAAUUCUGCCUCCCCUGCCUCUGUUACACCGGCGAAACCUGGAUCUGCAGGAACUGAGAAGGAUAAACCUGAGGAAAGUGUCACCCUCAUGAAAGCAAAAGCGGUGUACCCCUGUGAGGCUGAACACGAUUCUGAACUCUCUUUCCAGGUUGGCGCAAUCUUCCAUGACGUGACACUCUCCAGGGAGCCCGGAUGGCUGGAGGGUGUGCUGGAGGGAAAGCGAGGACUCAUCCCUGAAAACUAUGUGGAAAUACUGUAACUCCGAAAAGAACUAUCCUCACACUUCUCUUUAUAUACAUGGUAUCCAUGGUCUCUGCGGCUCUUUCACAGUGGCACUGCUUGUCGUUCCUCCAUCCUUCUCCACACUAAAGAUGCUGACAGGAAAACAUAUAUACUGUAUCCAAAAACACAGGUGUUGCAAGCACAGGAGUUAAGUUCAAGUAUAAGCUAAGAUGUGCUGUAUACAUAGAGACUACACUUUAAGAAAUGUAAAUAUAAAUUUGUGUGGGAAAAUAUGCAUCCGUCAUUGUGACUGUGUUGUCCUCUUUUUUCUUUUUUUUUUAUUGCAUGUCAUAGUUUUAGCCAAGUAGUUUGGGUUAUUUAGCAUUAGUAUUCUCAAUACUCAAAGAUACCUUGAGUAUCUUUCUAUUUAAUGUUAUCAAGUUGCAUUUAAUUGGGCGUGUGAUGAUGUAUAGGACAAAAAAAAAGUGUAACCUUAUGACUGUGAACAUUGUCAGUUUUGUGUCUUGGUUUAGUGGAACACUAGAGAGCAUAUUAGACAUAAAUGUAGUUCUUGGCGGUUAUUGAUAUUGAAAUUUGUAUGUGAUUAUUAAAUCUUUCGCAUUGGUUAAAACUGAUGCUGUGCCUUAAAUUUAUUAUGCAUGGCAUGUGGGACGCUGUUCAAUAACUCGAACAGAGCAACUUUUUUUUUUUUUUGUUAUUCUGUAUAUAGUUUUUAACAUUAUUUUGAAGAACAGAGACCGAUAAAUAAAAAUGUAACCCAUACAUUGACGUCAAAUUAAAUAUUGCCAAGUCUUACAUCUGUGUUAUAUACAUACAGUUAUUUUUGUGCAAAGAAACUUAAAAGCCAAGCACUCUCCCUCUUUAAAGUUUUGAAGUUUACCACAUCGUUUUUGCAGAAACCUUAAAAAUGGCAGGACUUCACUGAUGUUUAAUGAGACCAUUUUCAUUUUUCUAAGAGCUCUUGUUCCACGGGUUCAUGUUUGUGACUGAGCGGAUCUGCGGUGAUUUCAGACAGUGAUUUAUGACCUCUGCAAAGGUCUUGGCAUUGAUAUCAUUUUUUUUUUAUGUUGAUCAAUGUUAAAUAAAUAAAGUGUUUUAUUCUAA